AUGACUAUAUCAACCAUCCCCACCAGUUUUCCUGAGAGUGCAGUGCAGUCCUCAUCUUCUGAGCUCUCAGAUGAGCUCACCACUGCCCUUGCUGCAGGGUGGUGGUGGGCAAUAAUGGAGGUCUCCUCUCCUAUAUCUGAGGAGCCUGAAUAUGGGGACCUCACCUCAGUGCAGUGGUGGGGAACAAUAAAGGCAGGAGAAAAUCCAUGCCCCCCAUCCCUGGUCUUCAGUGAUGAAUCUGAGAAGGCUGAGUCCCCGCACUCAGGCUUCUCAGAUGCAACACUGAAUACCAAGGAACUGUGGAGGCAGAAGAAUACACAGAAUGCACCCAUGCCUCCCAGGUCCCAAAAGGGAGCACCUGUGCCUGUCUAUGCUGAGAAGAGGGACCACACCUCAUCCCUGGUCUUCAACAAUGCAUCGGAGAAGGCGGAGUCUCUGCACUCAGACUUCUCAGAUGCAACGCUGAAGACCACAGAGCAACAGAGGAAGUGGAGGCAGAAGAAGCCUCAGGGACCACCUGUCCUUGCUGGGUCUGAGAAGGCUGAGUGUGGGAACUCACUGAAGACCACUAAGCAAGAGAGGCAAGAGUGGCGACGGAAGAAGCCUCAGGGAGCACCGGUGCCUGCGGGCUCCCCCCAGGGACAUCCUGUGCCCACUGGGUUCCAACAACGUGGAAAACUCAGGAUCCCUGAGCAUCUGAGGCAGCACCUGCUACGGGCCGCUAAUGAACUGGGAGCACUUGUGCCUGAUAGGUCCCCACAGGGAGCACCAGUGCCUAAAAAGUCUCUACAGAGAGAACCUGUGCCUGCCUCAAAGGUGCAAAAUUUAAAGAUCCCUGAGCCACUAAAGCAGGAGCUGCAGCAGCAGAAGCCUCAAGCCUCUUCUGAGAAGGGAGCACCUAUACCCAACAAGACCCCAGAGAGGCACAGGUUCAAAAUCCCUGAGCCGCUGAGGCAGGAGCUGCUGCACCUGUCGAACCGCACCUCAUCUGUGAAAGGAGAACUUGUGCCUCAAAAGACCCAGGAGAAGAAGAUACCUGAGCGGCUGAGGCAGGAGCUGCUGCAGGUGUCACCCAGAGCUUCUUCUGAGAAGGGAGCACCUGUGCCUCAAAAGACCCAGGAGAAGAAGAUACCUGAGCGGCUGAGGCAGGAGCUGCUGCAGGUGUCACCCAGAGCUUCUUCUGAGAAGGGAGCACCUGUGCCUCAAAAGACCCAGGAGAGGCAGAGGCUCAAGAUACCUGAGCGGCUGAGGCAGGAGCUGCUGCAGCUGUCGCACCGAGACUCAUCUGUGAAGGGAGAACUUGUGCCUCAAAAGACCCAGGAGAAGCAGAGGCUUAAGAUACCUGAGCGGCUGAGGCAGGAGCUGCUGCAGGUGUCACUCAGAGCCUCUUCUGAGAAGGGAGCACCCGUGCCCAUAAAGGCUGCAGAGAGGCAAAGGCUCAAAAUAUCAGAGCCACUGAGGAAGGAACUGCUCCAGCAGAAGCCUCAAGCCUCUCCUGCGCAGGGUAAACCUGUGUCUUCCAAGUCCCCACAGGAAGCACCUUUACCUGAUAGGAACCCUGUACAUACCGGGACCUCACAGGGAGCAGGAGUGCUUGCCAGUUCUCCACUGCCCACUGGGUGUCUGAAGGAAGCAGCAGUGCCCAACAGAACCAUGAAGGCAGGAAAACGGAGGCUUGCUGAGCAUCUGAGCAUGCCUGUCUCUUCCACCCAGGGAUUACCUAUGCCCUCCAGGACCUCAAAAGUGGCGCCUGUGUAUUCUGGGACCUUACAGGGAGCACUUGUGACCAGAAGCUCCCCACGACAGGAAGCAAACCCUAGAAUCACAGAGCAGCAGAAGCAGAAGCGGAGGGAGCAGUGGAGACAGCGGAGGCAGCAGAAGGUAUCAGACAAUAUAGAUGUGUGUGAGCCUCCGCAAAAAAUACUCUGUGUGGAAAUCGACAAGGUGCCACUGAAGCCUAAACUGGGGAGGCAGAACCAUCAAGCCCCACAGCCCAUGUCCCAGCUCACCCUGAAGAUGGACCAUGUAGGUGUGAGCUGGUCACCUCCAGAAAAAAGGGAGCGCAUGGCAAACAAAAUCCGAGACCAACAACUGGGAGGCAACAACGGUAACCCUUAA